AGUCACUAUAAAAAUAAGCAGGGAGCAGGAGAACAGAGCACAGAGACAGGAAAACCUGGACCUGAUAUUUCUUUUUCUAGACAGUGAGUGACCAUGGCUGAAUACAAGCUACAGGUGACAACGGGUGACCUGAAAAAUGCAGGAACGUGGGAUCACGUAUUUAUCACCUUAUUUGGAGACGAGGGACAGAAAGAGCGAACAGAGUUGGACAACUUUGGCCCGGACUUCACAACUGGGACAACAGGGACCUACACCAUCAAAACCAGUUCGUCUCUGGGGAAACUUCUGCUGGUCAAGGUGGAGAAAGAUCCCUUCAUUUUCUUCCCAGAAGACGAGUGGCAUUGCUCCAAAAUAGUGGUGACGACUCCAGAAGGAGAGGUCAUUCUCUUCCCCUGUAAUAGAUGGAUCUCCAGGGGGGAAAAUGUGGAACUGAGAGGAGGGAGAGCCAUGAAGGUUUUUGAGGAGGAACAUCCUCUGUUGAUUGACCACCGGAAAAAUGAGCUGAUGCAUAAACAGAGCAUGUACAAAUGGAAGGUUAUGGCUGAAGGACUAACCCACACAAGCCAUUUCGUUACUGAGUCUGAGAUCCCAACUGAAAUGCGCCACACUCAGGCCAAAUUCAACGAAAAGAUUAAUGAAUCAUCUAUAAUUGGUAUGGAACUCAAGUUUAGGGGGUUGAUCGGGUCCAUGGAAAACUGGGAAACAUUUGAGGACCUGAAAAAAAUCUUCUGGUUCAAAAAGACACCAAUGUCAGAGUACGUUACAGAGCACUGGCAGGAAGAUGACUUCUAUGGAUCCCAGUUUCUGAACGGAAUCAACCCCAAUGUUAUCAAGCGCUGUUCAGAGCUUCCCCCAAACUUUCCAGUCACAGAGGAGAUGGUGAAGCCGUUCUUGGACGAGGGCGCCUCUCUGAAGAGGGAAAUGGAGAAAGGCAAUAUAUUUCUCUAUGACCAAAAAAAGAUGGACGGCAUACCCACCAGAGUCUGUGAUGGAGAACCUCUUCCUCUUACACCGGGUCUGUGUUUGUUCUACGUGAACCCAGAGAAGAAACUGAUGCCAAUUGCGAUACAGCUGCAUCAACAACCCUCUGAGCAGAAUCCCAUCUUCCUGCCCAGUGACCCGGAGACGGACUGGCUGCUCGCCAAGAUGUUUAUCAAAAAUGCAGAUAUAUUGGAUCAUGAAGCAGUCCAUCACCUCAUGUGUACACACUUUAUGUCAGAUGUCUAUGCUAUUGCCACCCUUCGCUGCUUUCCUGUGAUUCAUCCUCUCUACAAGCUGUUGAUUCCACACUUCCGCGACACCGUCGACAUAAACACAGCAGCCAGAGCAAGUAUUGUCGGACCUACUGGGAUUUUCAACAAAACUUCACUCGGAUGUGAGGGGAUGAUAGAGCUCAUGAGAAGGUCUCACGCUGAAACGACCUACAGCUCUGUCUGUCUGCCAGAGAACAUCACUGCACGAGGACUGGAGUCAAUUCCCAACUUCUACUACAGAGAUGAUGGACUGAAGCUGUGGACCAUCAUCAACAGCUUUGUGAAGGCAGUAGUGGAGUACUACUAUCCCACAGACACUGAGGUCCAUAAAGACACGGAGCUGCAGGAAUGGAUCAGUGAGAUAUUCACUCAUGGCCUCUUAGAAAACAAAGGAUUCCCUGCAUGCUUUCAUACUACGGAGGAAUUGAUCAGAUUCAUCACCAUGGUGAUCUUCACAGUGUCGGUUCAACAUGCUGCUGUCAACAAUGGACAGUUUGACUACCACUACUGGAUGCCCAAUGGCACAUUGCUGCUGCACAAACCUCCUCCAACCACCAAAGGGCAGACGAGCAUGAAGACAAUCUUGGAGAGCCUCCCGAAUGUUGGAGAGGCUGUCGCCUUUUCAGCCUUGUUUUGGAUCCUUUCAACUAAAUACACUGAUACUGUUCAUUUAGGUGAAUACCCUGAGGAGCGAUUCGACGAGCCUGCCCCUAAGCAGAUGAUUAAGGAAUUUCAAGCAGAAUUACUCUACCUGGGUGAAAAAAUUACAAAAAGAAACUCGCAACUUGAAGUACCCUAUACAUAUCUGCACCCUGAUUACAUUGAGAGCAGUGUAACUAUUUAAGAAAGUCUGAGGGAGCAAUUCUGUCAUUCACAUUCAUUGUAUUGCAAGCUGGGAGAGGGGAGGUGUUGAUGCAUGAUGGGAUUGGAAGAUAUCCCAUCCCCUAUGAUUUAGUUGAUUUCAUAUUGGUUAAGCCUAUGGUAUGGGGACAUGUGAAACUACGGCAUGUUGAUAAGCAACUUAACUGACUAACACAUCAACUUGAAAUACCUUGAACAUUACCCUGGCCCCUAUUGAACAAUUAGGCUGUACAUCAUUUUUAUUUCUGUGAGGAGUUUGCAUUUUCUCCCCGUAUAUGCGUGGGUUCUCUCCGGGUUCCUCCCACAGUCCAAGACAUGGAGAUUGGGGCAAGGUUUGGAGGAUUGACUCCAGCCCCCCGCGACCCUUAAUGUAUAAAGCGGUAUUGAUAAUGGAUCGAUCAUUUUUCAUUCAUUUCAAGUGUUUGUGUACUGUCAUUAACUUUUUUUGUCCAAUUACCUAACAUUCAUUUUGACCUUUUGAAAGCAGAGCUACUGUGUGAUCAAUGGAUCAAGGUGAUCUGGUUCAUAUCAGAGUUGUUUUAUAGAUGUGUCGUUAACUCACAUUCAAAUGCAGGGUUUUUCUUGUGUACUUGCUUUUUUCUUUUCCUAUGAAACAUUAGACACUGCGGGAAAACACACACAAACAAGCCUAUUACUACGUUUAUUGGAAAUAAAAUAUACAAAUAAAGGUGUUCUAGUGUUUACAAUUA